CUGGAAGCAUCAUCGAAUAAACCAGGGUUUUAAAAAGACAACAAAUAUUCUGCAAAACCAUGGCACCGAUUGAUAUGAGCGGCACCUGGAAAAACGUCAAGAACGAGAAUUUGGAGAACUUCUUCAAGGCGCUGAAUCUGGACAUUGGGGUGCGCACGAUGGCGAUGGCACAGAAACCAGUCAUUGAGAUCAAUCAGGACGGGGAGGUCUUCAGAAUCCUCACCGAGGGUAUCAAGACGGUCGAGUCCAACUUCACCGUGGGGCAGGAGUAUACUGACAUAAAUCCGCUGGAUGAUAAUGAGCCGAGUACGUAUCUGGCGGUGUGGGACGGAGACAAGCUACGCACGGAGAACAAGAGCCACCCACAUGCAAUCCAUUUUGACCGUGAGUUGGUCGACGGUCAGCUGGUCCAGACACUGACCUCAGGAACCGGAGACAAGGCCGUGGUCUGCAAGAGGAUCUUUGACAAGGAGUAGACGUUGGAGGCAGACACGACUUACGGGCGUCAACGAUGCGGUACAAACAUCUUUGACUUAAAACUGGUUAUAACCAUCAAUUGACAUGCAUGCCAAUAUUAAAUGUUUCACCUCAUGCAUUGGAACAAAAUGGGGCCAAAAAUUCCUAAUCAUAGUACAAAACUCUGGGAUC